GUGUUGCCUUUUUUUCACCCCAUUCCAACGGUAAUAUUACCGUUAAAUGUAAAAAAAAAUGUUUUUUAAAUAUUACCCUAUAAAUACUACUCACACAUUUUAAAAAAAUACACCAUACUCUCUCAAUCUACUCUACAUAUUGUUAAACAUUUUGAAAAAUAUGGAAGGCUCAAAGAAGGGUGAAGGCAAGAAGAAAAUGGUAGGGUCCGGUUCAAAGUCGAGGCCUCAAGAUAAACGUGGUUCAGGUGGUACUAGUGUCCCGUUUAAUCCGCAACUUGGGUUUGCGAAUCAAACCCAACCUCCAUUUUAUUUUAACCAACCCAUGCAUCAACCUUUCGGUUAUGAUACCCAACCCACCCAAAAUUGGAUGCAAUACGGUCCGAGGAUGACUCAAGCCGGUUAUUAUGAUUACUCCCAAGAAGCGCAAAAUGCUUUUGACCCGUUUGCUUUUCAAAACCAAUGUCACAAUCACCGAGAGACGAACAAGAUGACGCCGAUGAGGAGUUCGUGCUGGAAACCCAAGAACAAGAGUUAGAUGAUGAUGAUGAUGAUGAAGAUGUUGCGGAUGAACCGGAAAGAAAAGGAAAAGCCAAACGGGAAAGUUGGUCGCCUAGACAAGAAGAGGCGUUGGCAAAGGCUUUUGUUCAUUGCACUUUGAAUAAAAGGAAAUGCAAUCAACAAAAGAAGGAUGGCUUUUGGAAGAAAGUUCUAAACCACUUUAACGAAACGGUCGGAGGAAGUAAUCGAACCCACCACCAAGUUCGCUCAAAAUGGAUGACGAUGCAAACAAAAAUUAACACAUUCAACGGUCUAUAUCAUCAAGCGGAUCGUUUACGUCCUAGCGGGAGUGACGACGCAUAUGUAAUGAAACAAGCGUUAAAGGAUUACAAAAGCAAAGAAAAAAUUGAGUUCGCUCAUGUUGCGGCUUGGGAGGUUGUUAGAACAAAUCAAAAGUGGUCGCCGGUACCUUUGUUGAAUGAAGAAAGCUCCGGUUCGGGUCUAAAAAGAAAGUCUUCGGAUUCGGGAAAUUAUACUCGAGGAUCACCGAAUGUCGAAAUCUCAAGCGGAUUCGAUAUUCCCGACAUAAACGAGGAUCCUUCACCACCACCACCAAGACGACAAACGAGAAAGGAGAAAAAGGACAAAGGGCCGUCUUCAAAAAACGAAGAUCCAAGAGAUAUAACACACAAAUUCGAAGAGUACAAGGCCAUGAAAAAAGAGAUAAUGGAAAUUAAACGUGUACGAGAAGAAAAAUAUUUGACCUUGGCGGAUGAGCAACGAGAGGCGUUGCGACAAACAAUGUUCGACAAGGACUUUGAGACGUAUAAUCGGCCUACCGACAAUGUUCACCCGAAGAUGUUGGAAAUCGCACUCGCUAGAAAACGUGAGAUCGCAAAAAAAUAUGGAUGGCCUUGUGAUUUUUAG